UUCUGCCUUUCAUGGCAAACUUCCAUGGACAUCAAACAAACACCUCACAACGCCCAACCGACACCGUCAUCACAAUCGCAUUCCCCAGCCUUCCAAGCCCUUCUCCAAGCAGGUCCACGCCUCAAGCUGCUGCAACAAGUCCAUGGGCAGCUCAUCGUUUCGGGCGCUGGCUGCAGCAGAGCCCUCCUCACCAAGCUCGUCAAUCUGGCUUGCGCCGCUGGGUCGCCACUACGCUACUUGCGCCGGAUUUUUCUUUCCGUCUCAAAUCCAGAUUCUUUUCUCUUUAGUUCACUUAUUAAAUCAACCUCCAAAUUCAGUUUCUCUCUUGAAUCCGUUCUGUACUAUCGCCGGAUGAUAUCAGCUAAUAUUUCACCGUCAAAUUACACUUUCACGUCUGUGAUCAAAGCGUGUGCUGAUUUAUCGUCAUUGAGAAUCGGUAAAUCUGUUCAUUGUCAUGUUUUUACUUCUGGGUAUGGUUUGGAUUCUUACGUUCAGGCUGCCCUUGUGAGCCUCUAUGCAAAAUCGGGAGAGGUUGGCGUGGCGCGUAGGGUGUUUGAUAAAAUGCCUGAGAGAAGUAUUGUGGCUUGGAAUUCGAUGAUAUCAGGAUACGAGCAAAACGGGUCUGCUAGGGAAGCAAUUUCACUGUUUUUUAUGAUGCGAGAUUUAGGUGUUGAACCAGAUUCUACUACGUUUGUAUGUGUGCUAUCCGCUUGUGCUCAGAUGGGUGCGGUUAGUUUAGGCUGUUGGGUGCAUGACUACAUUAUUGGUAAUAGGUUUGAUGUGAAUGUGGUGCUUGGUACUGCGUUGAUUAACAUGUAUGCUAGGUGUGGCAAUGUGAGCAAAGCUAGAGAAGUUUUUGAUUUGAUGAAUGAAAAGAAUGUCAUUGCUUGGACAGCAAUGAUUUCAGGGUAUGGAAUGCAUGGUUACGGCAGUCAAGCAAUUGAGCUUUUUGUCAAAAUGAGAGCUUGUGGUCUAAAACCUAACAAUAUCACAUUUGUGGCUUUGUUAUCGGCCUGUGCUCAUGCAGGGCUUGUUCAAGAAGGGCGUCAGGUGUUUGCUAGUAUGACCCAAGAAUAUGCAUUGGUGCCAGGAGUGGAGCAUCAUGUUUCCAUGGUGGAUAUGCUAGGGAGGGCCGGAUAUGUCAUUGAAGCAUAUCGAUUCAUCAAAGAAAUGAUACCUGAUGAACCAGCACCAGCAGUUUGGACUGCAAUGCUUGGAGCCUGCAAGAUACAUAAGAAAUAUGAUCUUGGAGUUGAAGUUGCUGAGCAUCUCUUAUCUAUUGAGCCAGAUAAUCCAGGCCAUUAUGUGAUGCUUUCAAACAUAUAUGCUUUGGCAGGUAGGAUGGAUCGAGUGGAAGUUGUCAGAAACAUAAUGAUCAGAAAUUCCUUGAAGAAACAAGUUGGCUUCAGCACAAUAGACAUUGAUCAUAAGACUUAUUCGUUUAGCAUGGGUGACAAGUCACACCCAGAGACAAAUGAAAUCUAUCAGUAUUUAGAUGAAUUGAUGUGCAGAUGUAGGGAAGUAGGUUAUGUGCCAGCACCAGAAUCUGUGAUGCAUGAAUUGGAAGAAGAGGAGAGGGAAUUCGCUCUUAGAUACCACAGUGAGAAGCUUGCAAUAGCAUUUGGGCUCUUGAAAACCAGUUCCGGUAUGGAUAUAAGAAUAGUGAAGAACCUCAGAAUUUGUGAGGAUUGUCAUUUAGCCAUCAAGUAUAUCUCGAUUGUUGCUAACAGAGAGAUUGUUGUUCGAGAUAGGCUUCGCUUCCAUCAUUUUAGAGAUGGAGCAUGUUCUUGCCUAGACUAUUGGUGAUAAACUUCUCUUGCUCUCUGAAUCAUUUUCCUGAGAAUUUUAGAGUUAUUGUUUGACUUACAAUAUUUUGGUUCAUUGGUUCAAAUUAAAGAGAAGUAAGCUAUAUGCUAUAGGUUAGAUUGUAAACUUGUCUUGAUAAUACAUCUUGCACGUUUAU